ACAUUCUUUCAUAUUUCAUCUUCUUCAUUACUUUCAUCUUCUACUCUUCUCCCCUCAUGCUCCACCACAUCGCCCCACCCUCGACGCCGCCGCCGUCACCUCUGCCGUCACCGCCGUUUCGCCGGCACGGGGUACAUCUUUGACAACAAUGCACUUUCCCUGCGUGACACGCUCCCACUUCUUUUGUCCUCGUCCGAGUGACCCCGACGCACAAACCCCCUUGGUGACUAACCUCCAGCCGACAUCUCCCGCCCCACGUCCAAAUGUGCCCUCAAUCAUCUGCAGGCCGUCUUUCGCGUCGACGCCGCCGCCGCCGCCAACGCGCACAAAGCGUCGCACACCCUCCAGGCGCUAUGUAGCCUUCAUGCCCCUCCUCCUACCUCUCCUCCCCUCACCCCCCCUCAACCCCCCACCCUUCCCCUCACGCCUGACUCCCACUCUUUCCCCACCCGCUCUCUCGCGCCUCGCACUGCUCUCUCUCUGUCUCCUCCCUCUGUCUCCGUCUUUCUUUGACCUCUCGUAUCGCCCUGGUACCUCGCAACUCGCCGCCUGCCAGUUUCCCUAUCUCUUCACCAGCGAUCCAGAGAUCAGAGAGCUCACCUCACUCCUCAUCUUCGACAGAUCUCACUGACUCCAACUGCUCGAUACAGUCCCCCCCCCCCCCCCCCCCCCCCAACCCCCUCUUCCACCAUGGCUUCCAGCUCACCCACGAAGCUAAACGGCCAUGCUCCGCCCCUCCACGACAUCAGGAUUCACAUUGUCGGCGCGGGGUGAGUAGUUAUGGCAGCGUCGCCCUCCUGCUGGGUGGCAACGAGCGGGGCGAUUCCGGCGAGCUAUCCAGAUUUCGCUACGAGACGCACGGC